CUAGGAUCCAUGCACUGUACUACUGCAGUAGUACUACUACUUCCUCUACUACGCAGUAUUACCAUUUAUUGCAUUGUCUUUGUCCUCAGUGGGUGUCGUUAGACUUUUAUUCAUCAAGACAAAUUGAAAGGACAGGUUUUCGUUGAAGCCUUAUGCCACCUAAGAGAGAAGCCGGAGCGUCUCCAUCCCAACCGCCGGUAAAGAUGCUAAAGAUCAACACGGUCCCACAGGAGGCUGGUCCAAUGGAAGACAAGUUCGGUUUGGCCGACGAGUCCACUUACUCCCCCUUUCUCAGCACCGAGGAAUUUGAAGAGAUUGAAGUUGGUUCGAGUCCAGGCAUCCGAACCGACACCAUCAGCCUGCUGAUGAAGAUAGAGCAGCUGCAGGCCCAACUCAAGUAUGAACGCAGAUGUCGAGUAUUGGCAGAGAGAGAGCUGCGGGAGCUGAAAGAGAUGAACACGCUCAUGAUGCAAAUGAGACACACGGCUCACGAACUGCGAGCCACUCUGGAUCACGUCCUCCAAGGCGGCGACCCGGUGAUGGCGGCGCACAACUCUCAAGACGAAGCCAUGUCUUUCCUGGCGGAGCACGAGGCCGGCAUGGUGGCGGACAUGCCGGAGGACAACCACGACAUCCUGUACCUCGCCGAGAACCUCAGGGUUCCACGGAAUCUCUACGAGCGCAUCGCCGAAAUCGCAGACUACAAGAAGUACACCUCGGCGCUGCUCAUGAUGCUUUUCGACAGAGAGACCCUGGCCACGCACUCUCUGCAGGGACGUAGGAACACCAUCACCGGGGAGGACUGCCACAAACCUCAGCUGCCACCUGACAUCCUCCGAAGCAUCAUCGAUCACGUGGCGGUCAAAUUCGGCGUGGACAGCAGCCAGAUCAAAACGGCCAUCCGGACCAAGUUGAACAACGAGGACAAACUGUUGAAGAAGAGACUGGGCUUGGUAAAAGGCGAACACAAAGCUAGCGUAGAUGCGUCACUCCUGCCCGACAACGCAUCGAUAUGAUGCCAGUCAGUAGUCUUCCUUGGCCUUCGUCCUCUUCGUCUGCUCUCGUGUGUGUGUGCGUGCGUGCGUGCGUGCGUGCGUGCGUGCGUGCGUGCGUGUGAUGUACUGUAACUGUGUGACGAGGCACCUCUGCUAAUCUAGAUGAUUCACUAGUGACAUUUAGUGCUUGCAUUAGGUUAUUUUCUAACUUUUAUAGGAAUACACUUUUUAAAAAACGCGUACGGCUCUCAUGUAGAAAGUGUUACGUAACGAGGAGAUCUACACAUAACGCGCACACGCGUGAUAUUGAGGUAGGUAGCGGUCAACAAGUGUUCUCAUUUGAGGCUUCCCCCCCUCAAGUAUCCAUUUGUGAGCCAACAAGGACGCUACGUCGACUUGAACGGAUGUCCAGCCCGAUAUGGCUGACUGUCACCUCCUCGCCAUUCACGUCUCGUGUCCCAGCAAGAACCCUACUGGUUUUGCCUUGCAGAUGCGCCUUUUUUUCCACUUUAAUGUGAUAAUUUAGCUGGAGCUUCACAGCUUGGCUCAUUGGCCACAUCAUUAGGUACACCUGUGCAAUCUAACGGUACCUUCUUUGCAAAGACAACAAUACUCGGUUUUGUGAGAGCAUUUUGCAGCCACGUGAAAACAUGUCGCUAUCUUCCGAGCGAUGGAACUGUAAUGGACCAAGUUGCCCACUAGGUAGCGCUAUAACACUAUCCAUACCCACGCAGUGUACCUAAUGUUUUGGCUGCUGUGUGUACGUGCACAUAAACAGUAUAUGUUUGUUGUUGUCGUGAUUCACUACAAUUGUGCCAAUAAUAAACUUUAGGAAUGGUUACUCGCUGCUUGCU